AUGUUGAGUGAUAUAAGUGGAAGUGAGGGGGAGGAAGGGACUCAUGUUGGUUUACAAAAUGCAAAGAAAAGGAAGAAAACGGGGAAGAUGAGCGACGUGAUGAAAAAACUUCGUGCAACUACUCAUGAGCACAAUGUCGGAGGCGUCUUUAGCAACAGAAUGACUCACUACAUUGUCACUUGUGGUUUCCUCUUAAUCCAAGUCAAUUUCUUCUUCAUCGGCUUUGUUGUUCUGCACAAUAGCAAUGAUUUGGUCGUCAUUUGCUGUAACUUCCGAAACAUCACCUUAAACAAGCCACUCUUCUACAUCGGAAGGAGUCGGAUGAGGGAAGUUUUGGAGACAAAGGAAGUGAAAGAUUCUAUCGACGAGACAUGGAUAGUUUCCGGACAGAGUCCUUUGCAAAAGGAUCUGAUAGAGCGACAUGAUGUGACAGAACCUUUGUUUGUGGAGGGUUCCUUCCGUGUAUGGUUGCGCGGCACUUCUGUCAACUACUUCAUACUGCGUGCAGAUCCUGAUCUCACACCCAAACCUGAACAGGACAAUGAUGACAUUAGCAGAUUGUCACUGCCACUGUUUGAACCACCAACAGCACAGCAGAUCGCUCGAGCGACUGUGGUACAUGAGCAGGAGGACAGUGUAAUACUUGCGACAUGUGCAACAGGCAGUAGUAGCCGUGACAGUUUACUCUCCUGGAUCCGAUUGCUACAGCGGGACAACCCUCGGCUGGGUGAAAUUCCAGUUCUCUUCACCCUGAAGAGCCCCAUCGGAACCACGGAACCCUUGAAGGAAAUCGAGGGAGACGAUCCUGUCCCUGUUGUUAUCAAUAAGAUACCAAUAGACAAACCAUGAUUUGUACAGUAAUAUACAGUUUUGUUAGACUA